AUGCCUUCCUUCUCCAACAUCCUUCAGUCUAUCAAGAACCUGGACGCUCCGGCCACCACGACACCCAACCCCGUCAUCAAGAAGAUCAAGAUCGCAAACAAUGGCUCCCACACCAAGGACGUGAGCGACGCUGUGGAAGCAGCCAGCAAGCGCACUGCAUUAGUCAUUCAACAGCAGGCUGUUGGAGCAGCGCCGAAAGCGAAUCUCAAGAAACGCAAGGCCGAUGACACAGGCCCAUUCACCGCAAAGCCUAAAACGAAGAAGCCAAAGACGAAGACGCCGGUGGUGGAAGAAUAG